AUGCUGGACCUCAACAUGCUCUGGCAGGUCUACGAGCUCUACCGCGUCCGCGAAGGGUUCAGCUCCGAGGAGACGGCGGAGAUCGACAGGGCCUUCGUGAUGUUCGACGCCGACCAGUCUGGAGAGAUCUCGACGCUGGAGACACGGAAGAUCAUGCGCUGGCUCGGUUGCUUCCUCUCCUGGGAGGUGCAGCAGGACCUCCUGGCCCUGGUGGACCUGGACCAGUCGGGGGCGAUGGACCUGGCGGAGCUCAGGAAGCUGAACAGGCUGUGCCGGCACAGCGAGCUGCAGACCGCCAGGGAGGUGUUCGAGGAGGCUGACAUUGAGCGGGCGGGCGUCAUCAGCAAAGCCAGCGCGUGCGCCGCCCUGCAGAAGCUCGGCUGCCACUACGACAGGAAACAGGUGGCCAAAGCGACGGACAUAGAGACGUUCAUCCAGCUCGUGAAGCAGGGCAAGAAGGCCAUGCUGGCAAAGUACCGCGAAAACCACUGCUUCACCGACGCGGAGCUGGAGAAGAUGGCGGCGACGUUCUACACAUUCGACGCCGACGGCAGCGGGGACAUCGUGAGGCAGGAGCUCUUCCAGCUCCUCGACAGCGAGUGCCCUGUGCUUGCGCGCGACAAGGAGCGCCGCCCGAUGUUGGUCAAGCUGAUGCAGGAGGUCGCGCCGCACGCGAACAGCAACGCGCUCGACUUCCAGUCCUACGUGCGGCUCCGGGCCCGCCUCCGCGACAUGCAGGCGUCCAUGCUGCUCCCCGAAGGGGGUCCCCCGCCAGCGUGGGAAGAGAUUAUCGUGGCAGCAUUCGGUGGCCUGGGUGUGGCUGGCUGCCCUGCUUGCGCCCGCCGUACUGGCGACGCCCGCUGCGCCGGCAACCUCGCCCACCCUGCCUUGGCGCCGCUCGCCGGCUGCCCCGCCGCCCCUGCACGGUCGGCCUUCGCCUUUAGCCCCGCCGCCUCAGGCGCCUCCUGCCGCGCCGGCGCCGCGUCAGCCUUCGUCCUCGUCGCCACCGCAGGCGCUGCCUCAGGCGCCUCCUGCCGCGCCCGCGCCUCGGCCCGCGCCGCUCCUGGCCUCAGAGGAGGCGGCAACGCGCGUUUCCGGCCGGGCCUGCCUGCUCGCGCCGACGGCAUGGCCCUCACCAGGAAGGAGGUCUCACAGUUGGCGGCGGCCCAGCCCGCGGGAUCCCUCCUCUACAGCACCGGCAGGCGCCAGCCCAUGUGGGCCUACUGGACGAAGGGGGUGCGCAUUGGCGUGCUGAUCCGCCCCCUCAGGGGCGGAGCUGCCCGAUUCAGCCAGACGCUCACAGCGUGGUCUUGGGGCCUGGCGGCGUCGACCGGGCGCGGCAUGCGCAUCUCGCCGAUGUCCUGGAUCCGUUCCUACGUGGUUCUCAGGCUGUUGAAGGAGCAGAGUGCACUCCGCGAGACGGGCUUCAGCCGCAUGGAGGCCAGGGAGCCUGGGCUGGGCGAACCGGCACAGGCGCUCAUGCCCCGCCCCUGUGCCCUGGCCGUCCUUGCCACGCCAUACGUGGCCGGCGUCUGGCGGCUGUUCCUGGAGCGGCCUGGGCUGGCGCUGGAGGGCUUCUCGUGGCUGGCGGAGUUCGCGCUGGGCUCGGCGAGGUGCGAGGAGUUGACUGUCGCGGCUGCUUGCGACUGUGGGAACGUGAGCUUCGAGGCCCGCGAGUGCAGCCCUUGCCCUGUUCCUGAGAGGUGCCCUGAGUUCGCGGGACCGCCCUGGGAGCAGGACUGUCAGGAGGUGCCACUGCUCGCCUCUGAGGACGAGCCGGAGCCGACACCAGUCAGCUGGUGGCAGCUGUGCUUCGGCCUUGGGAACAUGGCGCUCGCCGACCGCACUACGCCAUUGCCAGGGCACACGUUCGUGGUGUUCUUCGAGGGUGACGCUUGGGGGCACGAGCGAGUGCUUGUGUGGCCGCUCUCGGCCUCAUGCUGGUUGAUCUACACAGCCAAUGGAGACUUCUAUGGCGAGGAUACCGCUCUGUAUGACAAGGUCGUGGCGCUCAAGUCCUUGGGCGAGCGACCCGCGGGGCUGGAGGCCGAGUCGAUUGUGCAGUUCGACGGCCCGAUCCAGCGGGGUGAGUUCCUGGACCUGAUGGAGUCCGCCCAGAUGCACGUCGGCGCGCUGAGGGACCAGCGCGGACUGCCAGAUUGGCCUGCACCCACGCGCUGGAUCACGGCCGAGGGGAUGCUGGAGGCAGUGCCGCGGCCUCGGCGGCUCGUCGGGCGGGGCCGCCUUCCUAUGCCCGGCCCACCUCUGCCGCUGACGGCAGCUGCGCGUGCACGGUCUGGGCCGGGUGGCGACCUUCGUGGCGACCUCUUGGGGGCCGCGCUCAGCAGGGCCGAAGCCGGUGGCGCCCCAGCCGUGGUCUGGCGAGUGGCCGAACCUGGACUGGAGAUCGGCGACGUCGGCACGGAGGUGGCCCCGCGCUUGUUGGCGUUCGCAGGCCGCGUAUACGGAGUGGCGGUGACUGACGCUGGCAUGGAGGUCCCAGUGAUAGGCGUCGACCCCGGCAUGAGCCUGGAGGACUUCAGGACCCAGAGGCUUGCGCUGUUCUCGCCACCGACGCCGCGUGGGGCGCCGACGGCCGCCGUCGAGCUCGACGCCGAUCCAGUCGCAGCUUUCCGCCGAGAGGCUGGAGGGCGCGAGGCAGACGUCGCGGGCGUCGGCAGCCCGCUCGAGGAGCGGCAGGUUGCCGCCACAGCUGCCGGCGCAGAGGAGGCCUCCGCGGAUGUCCGAGUGCUCGCCGUCGACUGGGACUCGCAGGGAGAGAGGCACAAGGAUUGGAAGAUGGUGUGCAGUGAGUCAGUCUCGCACUCUUUCCGAGACUGGCCUCUCGACGGGCCCUGCACGACACUCAGCGUGAUGAAGCACAUCGAUCGCUUUGGCCCGAUGCCCACCUCGUGGCUGGAGGCCUGGGCGAGACGGAAGCACAUGGCGCCGUCGGACAGGGCUUUUCACGAGCUGCGGGUGCUCGCCGAGAGCUUCGAGAUGUUCGGGUGCUACGACCAGGUGAACAUGCCGUGCUUGGCGGGGAUCGAGGUGCUGAUGCGGAGGUUCCAGACCAUCAUCGAGGCUCACGCUGUGCCUGGCGCCAAGCCGAACUACUCCAUGGCGGGAGUGUACUCGGGCACGGCGAUGCUGGAAGAUGCAGUGGCGCCAGACCUCCGCGUGCACGGCGCCAGGAGGCUCAAGGAGAAGGUGCUGGAGGGCAGCGUGCAUCGUGGAGGACUCACACUCAAGCACGUGGAGGACGGCGACGACGACGACACAGGUGCGGCCGGCUCGGCCGGGCCCCCAGCGGGUCCGAAGGGCGGCGGGGGACGCGGAACCGGGAAGCCGAAGAUGAAGGAAGAAGCCGCCAGAGUGCUUCUCCGUGGUCACCUCAGCUACGACGCCGAGGAGACCCACACCACCGUCGUGCCCUACGAGUUUGGUUCCGUCUCGCUCCCUGACCAUGUCCAUGACGCUGCAGACGUGACAGAGGUGCUUGGCGCUGAGGACCGCCUGAUUAUCGAGGGUUGGCAAAAGAGUAUGAUGCGGUCUACCGAUGAGUUUAGACAGCUCAACGAGUGGCUGGGUGACAUCAAACCGUUCUGGGACAAGAGGCUGUCGCGGAACCAGAAGGCCUAUCGGCAGUUCAUCCUGGACCUUGACCGACGGGGCCUGAUCAAGUGGACCACUGACCCCAUCGAGCACGCGGGCCUUUUCUUUGUUGGCAAAAAGGACAAGUCCCUGAGGCUCAUCAUCGACGCGAGGCGGGGGAAUCGCCGAUUCAGGGCCCCCCCUCACACGGACUUGAUCACGAGCGAUGGGCUGUCCAGGAUAGAGUGCGAGCCGGGCUUCAGCGUCGACCCCAGUUGCUGUUUCACGCUGGGUGUGGGCGACGUGGAGAACUGCUUCCACCGGCUGCGGCUGCCCGAGGGGAUGCACCGCUGUUUCGCGCUGCGGCCGAUCGCCGCAAAGUACACCCCACUGCGUGAUGACAUGGCGCUCAACGACGCGGUCUAUCCCUGUCUGGCCUCUUUUCCCAUGGGGUUCACCUGGUCCCUGUGGGUGGCUCAGAAGUGCAGUGAGACGGUCCUCAACCAGGUGCACCAGCUGGGACCUGGCAGGAGGAUCACGGACCACACGGAGCCGGUCGUGCUGCGGAAGGGCGCCGAGACCCAGUACACCCUGUACGUGGACAACCUGGACGUGUUCGGGAGCUCGGAGGCGCCCGUGCAGCUCGCGCUCGGCGCCGGCUGCGAGGCGCUGGGAGCGGUGGGCCUCAAGACGCACGAGCACGAGCUGAUGGCGGGAGGAGGCGAGACGCUGGGCUGCGUGCUGGACGGACACCUGCUCGAGACGCGGGUGACCGAGAAGCGGAGGUGGCGCAUCGAUGGCGCUUUUCGCUGGGCCCUGCGCCGCCGGCGCCUGAGUGGCAAGCAGCUCGAGAGGCUCGUCGGUCACGCCACCUUUGUCAGCCUGCUCGAUCGCACUGCCUUGAGUGUGUUCAACGCCUGCUACGCCUUCAUGCAUCGGCACGGUGAGAACAUGGCCGUUGUCUGGCCGACGGUGCGACUGGAGCUCCAGGCUUUCAUUGGAUUGUUGCCGCUCGUGCGCGCUCCGUGGGACUUGGGGUGGUGCGAGACUAUUGUAGCUACAGAUGCCUCCCUCGAGGGAUGGGGGCAUUGCCGUUGUGCGUUGACGGCCAAAGCUGUGGCCACUAUUGCUCGCACCUCAGAGGUGUCUCGCUUCCGACGGGUGCAUAACGUCGGAGCUCGCGAGGUGCCGUUCGGGGAAGGGGGCGUGUUCUCGGCCCGGGGCUGCAUCACUGAGAAAGAUUUGAUAUCACCUUGGAGAGUCACUGGAAAGGGGAGGUGGAAGUUCGGAGAGCGCAUCCUGGAGCGAGCCCCCGCGCUGACCGCCCCCGCCUUGCUGGGGCCGCGGCCGGCGCCGAAGCUGGAGAGGCUCUCGGUAGAGGAGGCGGUCCCCGCGGGGGACGCCGACGGCCUGGACCGCGACGCGGCCUCCGCAGCCCUCGAGAGCUCCGACAGCGACGACCUGGACGAGACCACAGUCGCUCGGAGCAAGCGGAGGCAGACCAAGUACCUGCUAGCGGCUCGGCACUCCAUGGACCAGUUGAGCACCUUGCUGGAGUCGGAGGCCGUGCAGCCCAAGACCAGGGACUACUACCACCUCCUGGUCUCUCGCUUCUACACCUGGGCGAAGCUGAGGCGACUGCAGCUCCACCCGCCUUGCCGCCUCGAUGGGACGCUGUGUAUCCAUAUGACGGAGCUUUUCCUGAGCGGACGGCAGGCGAAUGUGGGGGAGAAGUUGCUAGCUGGCGUCUUGCAUAUCCUCCCGGAGUUUGGGAAGGUGGGGCACCUGUCGCUCCCGCGCGCCUGGAGGGCAGUCAAAGGCUGGAGACGCCUGUGCCCGGGUCGGAGCCGCCACCCUAUGCCGCCGUGCGCGUGGGCGGCCGUAUGCCAUUGGCUGAUCGAGCAGGGCAAGCGCCACGAGGCGGCCGCGAUCCUGCUCGCCUUCAUGUGCUACCUGAGGCCGUCAGAGCUGCUCAGCGUGAGGUGUGGGCAUCUGGUGGCCCCAGUGGGGGGCGUAUCCCGCCACUGGAGCCUGCUGGUGGCGCCCGAGGAGCUAGGCGUCCCCACCAAGGUCGGCACACUCGACGACAGCCUGCAGCUGGACAUGCGGGAGCUCAAGUGGCUAGACGUGGUCUGGGGCGAGCUCAGGACGAGGCCAGCGACGGAGAGGGCCUUCCCCUUCACAUAUCCAGACCUGCUGGCGGACGUGCAGGCUGCGGGUGCCACUUUGGGGUUGAAGCUCGUCCCGUAUCAGUUGCGACACAGCGGAGCCUCCCACGACACGCUGCGCGAGCUUCGGAGCUUGCAGGAAGCCAAGGUCGAUCUCGGUAACGCCACGCUGGACGCAGCUCUCGACUUGGCCCGUGCCGCCCAGUCCGCCGGGACGUCGCGGCGAUGGCACAAGAUGGUCAGUUGA